CUUUGAAAGGCACGUCGGCUACAGUGACUAGGUAGACAGAGGAAGACAAAAUAAUCAUACCAAAUACCUACGAAAAUGUUCGCCCUUGCACUGACAGCCGAGCUCAACGGGGUUACGAACCUCCGCCCCGAUGACAGCGAAGGCAACCCCUUCUGGUACACGUUCAAGGUGCAGUGCACGUCAUGCCGCGAAGUCCACGACAAACCCGUCGGUGUCAGCCGCUUUGACAACAACGACAUGAGCGGCAGCAGAGGCGAGGCCAACUUCGUCUGGAAGUGCAAGAACUGCAAGCGCGAGUCCUCCGCUACCAUCAAGGCCGCUCCUGCAUCCUACGCGCAAGGCGAGCCCGCGAAGCAGCAGAAGCUUCUCGAGUUUGACUGCCGUGGUCUCGAGUUCACCGAGUUCAUCCCCGAAGGCGAAUGGCUCGCCGAGGGCCUCGAUUCAGGCAGCAAGUUCUCCGCCAUCGACCUCACCGAAGGCGAGUGGUACGAUUAUGACGAGAAGGCCGGAGAGGAAGUGAGCAUCAAGGAUCUGAAAUGGGAGAUCAAGCGGGCUUGAUUAGCCACUUAGGUAUUAUUGGGAUCCCAGGAGUCAGUAUCGGAUGGAGUUUGGUGUGAGGUGGCGAUGCAGUGUGGCGUGUUGUUGAUCAAAAUACCGGCCUGUUCCUUGGCGUUUCUUUGUACUUUGUGUCGUGAUGAUGGCAUGCCACGUUCACACAUCAACGUU